GGUGCCGCUCCCGGCCCGUCCGCCGGCGGCUGCGCGCGCCUCUCCCCUUCCUCCUCCUCCUCCUCCUCCUGCCGCGACCGCUGCCCCCCCGCCGGCAGGCAUGGAGGCCAUUGAGGAGCUGGCGGUCCAGCCCUGCACCUCCUCCCUCUACCUGCGGCCUUUCCGCCUCUCUUACCGGCAGAAUGGCACUAAGAAGUUCUGGGAUUUUAUGAGGACACAUGACAGUGUGUCAAUCCUGAUCUUUAACACUUCUCGGCAGUGCUUUGUUGUGGUGAAGCAGUUCCGCCCAGCCGUUUACAUGUGUGAAAUAGAAAGGCAUCAUCCUCAAGUCUUUCAGAAUCAGGACAUGGAGAGCUUCCCUUCCCUGGAGGAUCCCUUACCUGCUGCAGUUGGGGUGACCUAUGAGCUCUGUGCUGGCAUUGUGGACAAGCCAGGCCUUUCUUUAGAAGAAAUUGCUUGUGAGGAGGUCUUGGAAGAGUGUGGCUAUCGUGUUUCCAUUGGAGACCUCAGGAGGAUCACUUCUUACAGGUCUGCAGUUGGUGUGAUGGGUUCUAGGCAGACAUUGUUUUAUGCAGAAGUAAACGACCAGAUGAGAACCAGUGGAGGUGGUGGCCAGCCUGAAGAGGGAGAGCUGAUUGAAGUUGUGGAAAUACCUUUAGGAGAAUCCAUGAAGUUUGCUUAUGAUGAGACUUUCCCAAAGACAGUGGGUGUCAUCUUCAGCUUCAUGUGGUUCCACAACAACAUAGCACCUAAACUACCCAAAAAGUAAAGCAUCGUGAUUUUAAGGAAAGCUUUUCUGCUGGUACGGUGCAUGCAGAAAGCUGCAGAUCUGCCUGCCUCAAUCAACUCAACUUCUUACAAGACAAAUCUUUCUUUAAAUAAAUUUUGAAGUGAAAUCUGAAUUAAAAUAUUCCCACAAUUUCCAUUAUUAGCAAAACACUUACUGGCAUUGCUGGGGCCAGGAUUUGACUUGGAGAGGCAAAUGUUGAUUUUUGUGCAAAGGUUAAGUGAAUGCGUCCAGUUCUCCUUUUUCACAGCAGUGUUUUGAAGAGCCCAAGCCUUCAGCACAGCUGCCUCAGGAGCCGCUCACCAUGUCUGUACAUACUGGCAACUGUGUAUUCAUUGUCGGGUUUGAUAUUUUUUUGAAUAAAGCAGCAAACUUUAAUAGUCCCAGAUACCUUAACAAUGUUCCUGAGUUCAGCACAGCUUUCAGGGAGCAGCUUUCUCCGUGGUGUGUGGCUCCUGUGCAGAGGAGACGUUUGCAUUUCUGAGCAUGCAGACCUUUAUUUCAUAAGCAAACAGGUCUGUAAAUCCUUCUGCUAACGUGUCACUUUGACAAUGGAGCAGCUGUGAGAUUAUGUGCUCCUGUUUGUUCCCAUCACAAUGCUGGGCAGCAGUGAUGGUGAUGGAGGGGUGAAGGAUGGGGGCUUCUGCUGGAACACAUGCCUCUUUGUUUGCUUUAUGGGCAAUACUUGAUAAAUUAGAUCAAACUUUGUCCUCAAGAGCAGGACCAGAAAGGCUGAAUUCUUUUAAUUUGACUGUGAGGUGACUAACACAAGUGAUUUCUCUGAGGUUUUCUGCGGUCUCAAUUUCCUUACCACCCAAAUGGGAGGAAUGGGACGUACCUCUCAAAUAACACUCUUGGAAUCUAAUGAUUGGAAGUGUUUUAUUGUGAUUUUAUCAUGAUUUGUGCAGUUUAUAUGGAAGCCUGUGCAACCUGCACAGACGUACUGAAGAACACAAUUUGAUUUAAUAAAGUGAUCUCAUUAGAACA